AGAUCCCGCCCUAUUUACGUGGUCUAGCCACAGUGAUCAGGAAGUAUUUUCUGUGGUGCUCUGAUGUUUUACUAAGCUUGUCUUGCUAGGCUGCAGGUAGUCGAAAUACAGCCGUGAAAGAACACAGAUGUCAAGUGGUUUUAUUAUACCCAGUUUGCACUAUUUAUUAAGAUUCCGGGAGGUGUAGUGUUUGCCACAAUUGAUGCAUUAAAACCUUUCAACGUUAGCUGAUGUAGCUUCUAUGUAUUUCAACACUUCCAAAAUGCACCACGCACUGAGAAUUUUCCUGACAGAAGGACAUUGUUGGGAUGACGUGAGUCGAAAGACUUACGCCGAACUAUUCGAAAGGCUAGACACUAACAAGGAUGGAAAAGUGGACGUUGCAGAGCUCAGAGCUGGACUUAUUUUAAUGGGUGUCACAUUUCGAAAAGGGGCAGCCCAGAAAAUAGUUGAGUCUGGCGAUAAGAAUAAGGACGGAGGACUAGACUUCAACGAGUUCUCCAGAUAUCUCAAAGAGCAUGAAAAGAAGCUAUGCUUGACAUUCAAAAGCCUUGACAAAAAUAAUGAUGGUCGCCUUGAUGCCUCAGAGAUCCAGCAGUCCCUGGGCGAGUUAGGAACAGACAUAUCUAAAGAGGAAGCCCAGAAGAUCCUCAAGAGUAUUGACAUAGAUGGCACUAUGACGGUAGACUGGAAUGAGUGGAGGGAACACUUCCUUUUCAACCCUGCCACUAACCUGGAAGACAUCAUACGCUACUGGAAGCAUUCCUUUGUGCUGGAUAUAGGGGACAGCCUUGCAAUCCCAGAUGAGUUUACAGAAGAGGAAAAAACCACUGGCAUCUGGUGGAAACAGCUGGUUGCCGGGGCAAUGGCAGGGGCAGUCUCGCGCACAGGGACUGCUCCUCUGGACAGGAUGAAGGUCUUCAUGCAGGUACAUUCUUCAAGAUCAAACAAAAUCAGCUUGGUAGGCGGCUUUAAACAAAUGAUUAAAGAGGGAGGAGUGAAAUCCCUUUGGAGGGGCAAUGGAGUCAACGUCUUAAAAAUAGCACCAGAGACGGCUAUCAAGUUCACAGCAUAUGAACAGUAUAAAAAGCUCCUGUCGUCGGACAGUGGGAAAGUUCAGACUUCGCAGAGGUUCAUGGCCGGCUCCCUGGCUGGAGCGACAGCGCAGACCGCCAUCUAUCCCAUGGAGCUAAUGAAGACCAGGCUGACUCUGCGAAAGACAGGCCAAUACUCAGGAGCGUUUGACUGUGCCAAGAAGAUCCUACAAAAAGAGGGCAUUAAGGCCUUUUACAAAGGCUACAUUCCAAACAUUUUAGGAAUCAUUCCCUAUGCAGGGAUUGACCUUGCUGUUUAUGAGAGCUUGAAGAAUGCCUGGUUAUCACGAUAUGCCAAGGACACGGCCAACCCUGGCAUCCUGGUAUUGCUGGGUUGUGGGACUAUCUCAAGCACAUGUGGGCAGCUUUCUAGCUAUCCACUUGCAUUAGUGCGGACACGGAUGCAGGCACAAGCAUCUCUGGAAGGAGGUGAGCAGACCUCUAUGAGGAUGCUAGUGAAGAAUACUCUGGCCAAAGAGGGUUUUUUUGGUCUCUACCGUGGCAUCCUCCCCAAUUUCAUGAAAGUCAUUCCUGCCGUCAGUAUUAGUUAUGUGGUUUACGAGUACACAAAGACAGGACUAGGAAUAUCAAAAUGAGAUAGGAGAGCUGGCCUGAUUUCACUGAAACCAUUAUGAAUGCUGUAUAGGUCAUGAAUAGAACCAAAAAAAUUAUAGGAGAAACAAACAUAUGCACACUGAGAGGGUUUAUUUUUUUUUCAACUACCAAAAGUGGGUCUAAUUUACCAUAAUAGCAUUGUGAAAGGCAAACAUCUUAACCAGUUUUAAUUUGAUUUAAGAUAGACAAUGCCUUUGAAAACGUUUGAUUGAAUAUUGGCAUUAUAUACAUUUUCCAAGUUAUAUAGAACUGAUGUUUAGAACUUGUGUCUUGUAUAUGUUUACAUGAUGUUAGACGUCAGAGCACUGCUAUUACUACCAAAAGCGUGUUUGAAUGUCUGCUGUGUGAGGAUUUCAGAAGUAGUGAGCUUAUCCUGUGUGUUCAGGAAAAGAAAGCAUGUUUAAAUCUUGUUGUAAAUACGUAUGACUUGUUACUGAAAUAUGUUAUAUGAAUAAAACUCACUCCUCUGCCUUAUAAAAACA